AGCUUCGCUCGCCCUCCGUGGCAGGCAGGGCAAGGCAGGGCAGGGCAGGGAGCCGCUGCCCCGUUCGCUCCCCGCUCCCUGCCCCGAUAAGGCUCCGCAGGGACUCUGCCCUCCGCCUCGGCAGCGUUUCACAACCGGCCCGGCGGCGCCAGACCCGCGGAGCCCACGGAGGACUGCGGCAGCCCGGCAGCGCUGCGAGCCCGGCAGGAGCAUCCCCGAGCGCGGCGGGCAAGUGCUGAGCGGCCAUGGAGAGGAUGCAGCAGAUCGUGGGGCGGGCGAGGGCCGCCUUCAACUCGGGCCGGAGCCGCCCGCUGGAGUUCAGGAUUCAGCAGCUGAAGGCCCUGGAGAGGAUGGUGCAGGAGAAGGAGAAGGAGAUCCUGGCAGCCCUCAAGGCGGAUCUGAACAAGAGUGGGCCCAACGCCUACAGCCAUGAGAUUCUGGGUGUGCUGGGGGAGCUGGCCCAGACCAUGGAGAAGCUGCCGUCCUGGGCAGCCCCUCAGCCCGUGAAGAAGAACCUGCUGACCAUGAGGGAUGAAGCCUACAUCAACUACGAGCCCCUGGGCGUGGUGCUGAUCAUCGGGGCCUGGAACUACCCCUUUGUGCUGGUCAUGCAGCCCCUGAUCGGGGCCAUCGCAGCAGGCAAUGCCGUGGUGGUGAAGCCGUCAGAGAUCAGCGAGAACACGGCUCGGCUGGUGGCUGAGCUGCUCCCACAGUACCUGGACAAGGAGCUGUACCCUGUGGUCACUGGAGGAAUUCCUGAGACUACCGAGCUGCUGGCGCAGAGAUUUGACCACAUCCUCUACACCGGCAACUCCGCUGUGGGCAAAAUUGUGAUGGCAGCAGCUGCCAAGCACCUGACCCCUGUCACCCUGGAGCUGGGGGGGAAGAGCCCCUGCUACAUCGACAAGGACUGUGACCUGGCUGUGGCCUGCAGGCGGAUAACGUGGGGCAAGUACAUGAACUGUGGGCAAACCUGCAUCGCCCCAGACUACAUCCUGUGCGACCCAUCCAUCCAGGGCAAGGUGGUGGAGAACAUCAAGGCGACCCUGAAGGAAUUCUAUGGGGAAGACGUGAAGUCGUCUCCGGACUAUGAAAGGAUCGUCAACCAGCAUCACUUCAAGAGGGUCAAGAGCCUGCUGGAAGGACAGAAGAUUGCUCAUGGGGGAGAGACUGAUGAGGCCUCCUGCUUCAUAGCACCAACCAUCCUCACGGAUGUUUCCCCGGAGUCAAAGGUGAUGGAGGAGGAAAUCUUUGGGCCAGUGCUGCCCAUUGUGACUGUGAGGAGCGUGGAGGAAGCCAUUGAGUUCAUCAACCUUCGGGAGAAGCCCCUUGCCCUGUAUGUCUUCUCCAACAACAAGCAGUUAAUCAAGAGAGUCAUCUCGGAAACCUCCAGUGGUGGUGUGACUGGAAAUGAUGUCAUCAUGCAUUUCUUCCUCUCAACUUUACCUUUUGGUGGUGUUGGGAACAGCGGGAUGGGCGCCUACCACGGCAAGCACAGCUUCGAGACCUUCUCCCACCACCGCGCCUGCCUGAUCAAGGACCUGAAGAUGGAGAAGACCAACAAAAUGCGGUACCCACCUGGCAGCCAGAAGAAGGUGGACUGGGCCAAGUUCUUCCUCCUGAAGCGGUUUAACAAGGCCCGAAUUGGGCUCUUUGUCGUGGCCCUGCUGGGGGUUGUGGCAGCGGUGAUGAUUAAGAGCCACCAGUCUGUGCUGAAGAGAAAAGCCCUCAUGGUCGUGCUGGCUGUGCAGAGGCUGGGCUGGCCCAGUGGGUGGUAAGGAGGAGCAGGUUUCAGAGCACUGCUGUGGCUGUCACAGUGAGGUGGUUAACUGACGAAGAGAGAAGGAACCACAUCAUACUCUGGGUGCUCGCUUUGUGUCUGUUUCCUUAAGCUGGGAAGUCAUUAUUUUCUUUUGUUCUGGGUGAUUUCAGUGAGCUGUCGAGCACACAGAGUAGCCUUAGAGAAGCACUAACUACGAGAAGGCUCAGAUUCCUGUUCACUUAAAAGCCAUGCUGGAACAGAGGGACCAGUGGGGACUCUCCAAAGGAGGACUGCAGAGCGACAAAUUCCAGUCCCUGCCUCCACCCUGUGCCAUGCAGAGCUUCCAGGGACACACAGUGUCCUGCACCAAACCGCUCAGUUUCCUUCAGUGACCAACAGGAGCUGAAGUUUCAGCAAUCCUUGGGUUGGCAGUGUUUUCCCUGCAGUUUUGGGGAUGGUCUGAACACUCACCCCCAAGCCUGAGACAGGCUGUGCUGCCCCAUGCAUUUGGCCAAGAGUGAUGGCUGUUAAUAAACCCAAUGAGGUUCCGUUUGCCAUUUAAUUUAAUUUAAUAUAAUAUAAUUUAAUAUAAUUUAAUUUAAUUUAAUUUAAUUUAAUUUAACAUUCUCACGUCUCUGCAAACCAGAAUCAUCCACAGCUGGUCAGGGGCUGCUUGUUGCGUUCUGUGUUUCAUCAUGUGCCUUUAACAGCUAUUUAGCAGUUAGAAAACUCCAAAGGUGAUGGCUGCACUGCCUGUCUUGUGCUGGUGAGUGUCUCAUGCUGGAGCAAAAGAACUUUCAGGCCUGUUCAGAGAAGUGGGAAUGACAAAUACCUUGUGGAUUAUCCCAGCCCCACACGGCCACUUGCUUUUUCCCUGUGGGAUGGGGAGGAGAUUUGGAGGAAAGUGAGAAAACUUGUAUGUUGAGAUAAAAAAAGUUUAAUAGGUGAAGUGAAAGCUGGGCUUGCAGGCAGAUCAAAGCAAAUUAAGGAAUUUGUUCAUUAAUUCCCCUCAUCAGGCAGGUGUUCGGCCAUCCCCAGGAGAGCAGGGCGUCGUCACACCUGGUGGUGACUUGGGAAGACAAACUCCGUAACUCCCAACGUCACAAAUCCAAAACAGCACCAUCCUUCUAAAAAGAAACUUGGUGUCUACCACGAAAAUUAACUUCAUCCUGGCCAAAGCCAGUACAAAGCUGUUCCUGGUCAGAUUCCUCCAAGGGAAAGUAACUACUGGAAGAGUAAUGUGUGUGCUCCUUCAUGUUUGAGCUUCUCAGGAUGCUGUAAUCUUUCACUGGGGCAUAAUGUGGGGCUUGUUCUAGCUUGGGGGAAGGAUGCUGAAGGAAUUGAAGGUGAAAGAGUCUUUAGAACUAUUCAUGUUAAAGCAAAUUGAAAAAUGGUUGAUAGAUGCAACUAAUAUAGAGUAGAAAAUUAUAUUUACUGUGCAAUAAGUGGGAUUUCUUCAUGUCUGGUGAAAAUUCAUCUGCUCAGCCUUUUUGAUGAUACGUUUUGCAAGCCACUAAAUAAACACUAAGAAUUUAAAUAAUAAA